AAUGAUGAUGAUGAUGAUGAUGAUACCACUACCACUCCCAACUUAAACAACAAACCAACUUCAACUGAACAGACGACGACACCAGUACAAAUCCAAUCAACAACUACAACAACAACUACAAAUACAACAACAACAAACAAAAGUAUUAAUAUUAAUAUGGACAAGUGUGAAGUAUGUAAUAGCCAGGUGUCAAAGUAUAAGUGUCCUGCAUGUGCACUACUAUUCUGCAGUGCAACAUGUUCAGAUAAGCAUAAAUCAGAGAGUGACUGCAAUGGCAAACGAAAGGUCAAUCACUUCAUACCUCUAUCAAACAUGAAUGACAAUGAUAUAACCAAUGACUUCAACUUCUUGGAUGGUAUCAAUAGAGCUAAUCAUGGCGCAAAGAAGAUAUUGGAGAAGUCAUUCGUACAGAACAAGUCGGUGUAUCUUCAAAAGGCUGCAUUCAAACAUAAUGUCAACUUGUUGGUUAUGCCAAUGGAUAUGAGUAGACAUAAACAAAACACAUCAAAGUUUAAAAAGAAGACUGGCGUUAUCAUGUGGCGCGUUGAAUGGAGGUUCGUCGCAGACUCUGUAACUCUCUCUUCAAACCUUGUGGAUGAGCGAGCAACAUUGUCCAGUGCACUGGAUGCAAUCAUUCAAGAUCCAACACAUCGUUACACACUCAAACAUCAUCAUGCUAGGCUGGGCCAGCCCGACAUCGAUCAAUCAAAGCCAUAUCACUUGCUACUCAAACGUGAACGAUGUAAUAAGACUCAAUACUAUCGAUUGGAUGGUAUGGAUACUGUUGGUGGUAGUCUACAAUACAAGGAGAUCAUAGAGUAUCCAACGAUAUACAUUGUUCACGACUUGGAAAAGUAUGAUCUGAUUGAAGGCGAGGAAUUGGAACGAUGCAAUGAGGAACAGAGACAGACCAUCAUCAGUCACUCAAAGACCAGAUUCGACCCCAACCUGUUCAACACAUAUGAUGAGUCACAGCGCCAGUUGGACAGCUCGUCACGUGGCAGAGGAAGAGGUGGCAGAGGUAGAGGUGGUAGAGGCGCCAAAUCACAUGUAUCAAUGCCCAUUACUGCUGCUGCUGCCACUGCUCCUGUUGCGAGCGUGGCUGGCGGCACAGAUGACGUCAUGCCAGUGGUCAUUAAUGCAGACAUUGAUGAUACCGACGAUAUUGACGUGGAUACAAUUCAAGAUAGUGCAGAUAGUCAACAAGAAGAUGAACUGGGUGCGGCACUUGCACUGGAUGUCCUUCGAGCAAAGCAGAAAGAGCAGAUGGAGGAAGACUCUGAGGAAGGAGAAUAUUACUUUACA